AUGUGUCUCACGCAUGCAGUGGAGACAAUUGUGCAUCGUCUAGAGGCCGAGCUAGACACCCCCUUGGGCAAGCUGCUGGAGGUUCAUGAAAGCUACCACGCCAAGGCAUUUCCAUUCAAUGGGAGCUAUAAGCAGCUACUCAAGCAACAGCACAGUAUACCGUUCACAGAAUAUGAUGCUAUACUUAUGUACAGGAUUCUAUUUUAUAUCUACGAUGCUAUCAAUCCAAUUAAUAUAUUACCAGAGCAGCUAAAUGAAACAGUAGCUCCAUGCGUCCUGUCCUUGCUCUCUCUGAUGCUUGGCAGGCACGUCUCCCCAGUGUUAUGUGCCCUCAAAACCUUCAUUUUAUCAACCACACAUGAUACAUUCUUUAAACCCAUAUACCGGAGUAGAGGUUGUGCAUUUCCACAUCUAUUUCAUGCAUCGCUCAGCUCUGUCAUCCAGGCUCAUGCCGUAGGCUUCCUCACUGAAGCUUUGCAGGAGACGCCGUAUGCAAAGUAUAUCAAAUUGUACUGUAGACGAUCGCGGCACGCCAUAUGCUGCCCUGUGAUCUCCACGUCCUUUAUCGACCAAGUACUUAUGCAGUUUCUAUCAACAUCAAGCCCAUUUUUGUCGAAAACACUGGCCAGUGAGUGCUGCAGCUGCGAUCGAUCAAUAGUGCACGCUUUAAAGAUAGUAGAAAAAAGGUGCAAGUUUCGGUACCUAGAUAAGACUCGGCUCUACCUUCCAGACAUCUCCUGUGGGUCCUCUUUCGGCCCGCCUGUGUCUUGCUUCAGUGACCAGAGCAGACCAGGACCUGUUCGACUGACGUGGCUUCCAGUAUCCAGGACCGUCAUGAGUAGGGACGAUCCUCUGUAUCCUAUUACUAAGUCCCCGGUGCCGUGUGCAUGCUGUAGCUCUUCCACGACUUCGCCACAGACUUCCACCUGCACUCUAGGCAUCACGGGGCGUGUUACCCAGCUCUUCCUAGACUUCCUGUCUCUCUCCUGUAAAACCGCAAAGGACUCGGGCAAGCCAGCCGACACACUUUCGUUUUUAAGAUACUUAGAGACAACAGACACUAAGGAUCUAUGUUCCUGCAUCAAACGGGAUCUUAUUGCUGCUGCACAGCUUGAUAUGCUGCACGAACUUGAUAAGCUCCUGCAGGAGGGCAGCCUGGCGUCUUGCCCUAGCCCAGCUGUGAGAAAGAAGCUUGCUGAGGUUGCUCAUGUCUUUUCUAUGCUGUAUUAUGAUGUCCUAACAUUGGAAUGUCGAAGCACUGGACAAUAUACCACACUUUUGGCGUCCCACAAUUACACUCCUGACAGGGCUCUCAGACUGUCCACUGGUGUCGGCAAGGUCCGAAAGACUAACAGCAAUAACGAGGAUCUUAGCAGCGACGGUGACUGGGUGCAGGAGCCAGCUAAUGUACCUAAGAAAAAGCAAUCAUAUCGGGUGUUCACCAGAGCCUUCGAAGCGAAAAAUCUAGCACUGAACCUGUUCAUCAAAGAGUGCAGUAGCUUCAAAGACCUGGAUGCUUCGGGUAUCUCUAAAGCGUCAGCGCUUUUCAGAAUUAUGACCUCUAUGUGUCCAGAGAACAAAGAUGAGGCCUUCUCAUCUACCUCCAAGGAGAAACGCGUCUCACUGCCAUCUUCAUAUACUCACUCUGGCACCAGUAGCCAUGAGGGAGACUCCCUCAGAUACAUUUUGGCUGUAAUGACCUCUUCUCUCUACAGUCCUGUCUCUCCCCCGCCCACGUCACACCCCUUCUACUUUUCCACAAGACAAUUGUAUAGGUUUAUUCUGCUGAACAAUUCUGCAAGUCCAUGGAUUCUUAAUUUGGUAGAGCAGAUCAGAACAAAAGACAUCCAGAUUGUGCGACACCGUGUACUGCCGACCAGAAGGAUGUCCGUCUAUGAGUGUUCCAGACAGUGCUCGUGCCCCCUCUCAUGCUUACGCCGGUGCGUUCAGUUUGGCAAGCGGUAUAGGCUUCAAAUCUUCCGGCAGCGGUAUGGAUAUUGGGGUCUCAGGACACUGGAUUAUAUACCAAAAGGAGCGCCGGUGUGUGAGUACACCGGAGAUCUGAUUGGAGAGAACCUAGCAGAGCGACGGGGUGUAAUAGCUGACAUGCAGCGCUGCUCAUAUCUCUAUGACAUCGUUUGUGUCUUCAAGUAUUGCUUCUCAUCUUCUGAAAAGCCAGCUCACAGAGACGCCCGCGGUGCAUCCUCUGGAGGAAUGCGGCUUGGACUUUCUAGCCAUGGGAUACGGGGUGCACACGUUUCUCAAGAAACCGCUGACUCCGAUGAUUCUUAUAACCGCAGCGCAUCAGACUUGGAGGCCAGCACCAUAUAUGUUAUAGACGCCACUAGAGCAGGCAAUGAAGGCCGAUAUGCUAACCAUCGCACAAGGGAUAAUAUAGUAGCCAAGCGAAUAAUAUGGGACGACGACCCGAUCACUAGUCACUUUGCCCACCCUCAUCUUUACUUCUUUGCCACCACUGACAUCAAACCAAUGGAAGAGCUGUUCCUCAACUACAUGUACAAGGACAACGGCGACGGCCUCAUAAGGCUGAAGUACCCCUGGGCUUUCGACAAUGAAGCAGUGACGAAGGAAGCCAAUGAGGAGAUUCACUAA